AUGACAGAAACAAUCCACUACAGAAAAGUAACCUACUUCAAUGGGGAGCCAAUGAAACUCAGAGACAAGACAAUUAAUGUUGGAGAUCUACAACCAGAUGAAAUAUUGGUGAAAGUUUAUGCUGCUGGUGUGAACCCUGAAGAUUUAUUAUUGUACAAUACUGCUAAGUACUUGUUCUUUAAGCGUAAUGAGAAAGCUGUUGGUCGUGACUUUGCUGGAAUAGUCCAUGCUGUUGGGUCUCAAGUCACUGAAUACAAAGUUGGUGAUCGUGUUUCAGGUCUUUUUACACCAUUUUUCACUGAAGAAUCUACAUUCACUGAAUUCUUGAGGAUCAAUCCAAAGAAGGUCCCAUCCAUGGGUAAGUUUCCAAAAGGUCAAACAUUUAUCGAAGCUGCAUCUUUCCCAUUAGUCUUGGCUACUGCUAUCAAUAUUUUGCAAAAGUUUCAUAAACCAAAUGAAAACUCGAGAGUUUUAGUCUUGGGUGGUGCUACUGCUGUUGGUCAUUAUAUCAUUCAAAUACUGAAAAAUCAUUAUAAAGCUCAAAGCGUUGUCAGUGUCAACUCUGCCGACUCUGCUGAACUUGUUACUUCCUUAGGUGCUGACAUUAUAAUUGAUUACAAAACUGAAAAUGUUCCUCAAAGGACUUUGGACAUUGUUAAGAAUGAUUUCAAUGGCUCAAAAUUUGAUAUGAUUAUUGAUUGUAUUGGAAAUAAAGAGUUGUUCCCUAUCAUGGAUAGCGUCUUGAAACCAAAAAGUGAACCAGCUGGUUACGUUUCUAUUGUUGGUGAUGAAAUAAUGGACUAUCAUAAUUCAUUUUUCAAGAUUUUUUGGAAGAAUAUCUUUUUGAAAAGAAUUUUACCGUUUUUCAGAAGUUACAACUACAUUUUAGUUGCACAUGAUGAUUAUUUUUAUCCAUUUGCAAAACAGCUAUUUGAUGAAGGUAAGCUCAAGAUUAUCAUGGACUCGGUGUAUCCUUGGGAAGAAUUUGAAGUUGCUUUGAAGAAGCAGGCGACACAUAGAGCCAGAGGAAAGAUUGUCCUCGAACUUGUUCCAGAAUCUUCCAGUUUAUAG